AUGCCAUCAGGUCUGAUUCUCAGUGUUGUAUCCAGGAAUUUUUCUUUAAGAAUAGGGGGAUUAUUAGGGGCGUUGUUUAUGGCAACGGGUUCUUUCCUAACAGUAUUUAUAUCAAGUACAAAUCAGCUUCCAUUAACUUUUGGAAUGCUUCAAGGAAUUGGUUUUGGCAUGAUGGUUCCGGUUUGCUACUCAACUCUCAAUCAUUACUUUGUAAGAAGAAGAACUACAGUCAUGAGUUUAAUAAAAGCAAUACAAGGAUUCGUUUUGAUUUGGUAUCCUCAGCUGAUAAAGAUUAUGAUAUUGAACUAUGGGUUUAGAGCUACUUUAUUGAUAAUAAGUGGUAUAUCGUUACAUAUUUUUCCUGGAAUGAUUACAAUGAAGACAAAUUUUGGAGCUAAAAAGAGACCAGCAAAUAGUACACAGAUAGCAAGUAGAGAAAAACAACCGGAAGCUAUUGACCUCCUACACGAUACACCAAAAGGAAUUGAGUUACAAGAUAAUGUUAUCACCGAUAAGAAAUCUACGAAUACAUUUAGGAACAAAUUUUUGGAGCAAUUUAAUCUGAAAGUUCUGAACGAUUCCGUGUUUUGUAAUAUUUGUUUGGGCCAAAGCUUUGUUAACUUCUCCGAUAUGAUAUUUUUUGUUCUACAACCAAUGCUUCUUUUUCAAUAUGGAUUAGAUACAAAUCAGGUAGCAACAUGCAUUUCGGUCAGCGCAGGUGCAGAUGUCGCAGGUCGUUUCGGACUUGUCUUCAUAAGUAGUAUCAUUACAAUCAACACUAGGGUACUUUUUUACGUAGCAACAUUUUUUACAUUAAUAGCAAGAAUAGCUAUUCUACAAGUACGUCAGUUCAUUUGGGUUACAUGUAUGACAAGUUUGCUAGGAAUACUUCGAGCGUGGCUGCAUGUGUCCAGUCCUCUGGUUAUUUCCAAUCACGUGUCUCACCAAGAUUUUACAGGAGCCUACGCACUAUUCAUGCUGGCCGCUGGGGUCGUCAAUGUUGUUUUUUCACCACUUAUUGGUUUAAUAAAAGAUCUUCACCAGGACUACAUACCAGCUUUUUAUGCUCUGACAGUGUGCUGCCUGCCAUGUUUAGUUUUUUGGCCAGUAGAGUAUUAUAUAUUGAAAAGAAGAAACAAUGAAACUGCCUCUGAAAAUCAAUCGAUG